AUGACACUGCCCUACGCCAUGGCUCUGCCCAAGUUGGGCACACUCCAAGACUGUUCCGACUUCUCAAAGACAGUCACCCCUUUCCUACCCCAACUUUACGCCCUUCCGCGUCAAAUUUUGGAUACCAUUUUCAAUGGGGGGAGCUUCCUUAAGCUGUACAUGGAGACCAACCCCUUCAUCAGCGGGCUCGGGAUCUCCAUUUUCCUAGGCGGCGUGUUUCUUGUUGCUGCCGAGGUCAACAGAAACUACUCGCAAGUCGACCGCUUCUGGAGCAUACUGCCGACCAUCUACAUCGCCCACUUUGCGACAUGGGCGCGUCUGGCCGGAAUCCCCAGCCGGCGCAUCGAUGCCGCGCUGCUUUUUAGUACCAUUUGGAGCAUACGCCUGACUUAUAACUAUUGGCGGAAGGGCGGCUAUAACGUUGGUUCUCAAGAUUACAGGUGGGAAAUCGUUCGUGCGUCGAUGCCGAAGUUGGCUUUUCAUAUCCUGAACUGGACCUUCAUCUCCUUCAUCCAGAGCGUUCUGCUUUACAUGCUCGCUUCUCCUGUUUAUGUCCUUCUCCUGGCCACUCAGUUCGAGCCUGAGCUCUCUACAGCUGAUAUUGGCUUCGUCGUCAUGGAACUGGGUCUUAUUCUUACCGAGUUCAUUGCUGAUCAUCAACAAUGGGUUUUCCAGUCAGCGAAGAAUGAGUACAAGACCUCUGGUCAGAUCCCGGCCGGCCACAAGCAGGCUGAUCUCGACCGAGGCUUCAUCACAUCAGGUCUCUGGGCUUACAGCAGACAUCCGAACUUUGCCGCUGAGCAAUCCAUCUGGCUCACCCUUUACCAAUGGGGCUGCUUUGCGACCAACACCCUCUACAACUGGACCAUUGUGUCCCCCAUUAUGCUCAUGAGUGUUUUCCAGGGCUCCACGUGGCUGACAGAGCGCAUCACCGCCGGGAAGUACCCAGAAUACAGCGCGUACCAAAAGCAGGUCGGCACGUUCGUGCCCAAGACUUUGAAGGGGUACAAGACCCCUGUGCCCAAGUUUAUCCGCACCAGCGAUCUUGCCAAGAAGCUGCAGGAGAAGGAGAACAAGAAGCAAAAGUGA